AUGGUUGUUUUGUUAGGGAGCAGACCGACCAAGUCUGUUCUGGUUAUUCUCUGUCUCCUCAUUGUUUUCGUUAUCCAUCAGCUCAGCUUUGCAAUUGACUCUGCCUUCGCCAGCCGGAUAUCCGACUCACUUGAUAUAAUCGAUAGAUGCAUCCCCGAUGGUCUCCAGCCCCUAAACAAUUCCAAGUCAGUUGCGGAACCAGAAAUACCGAGCAUCGUUCACCAAAUAUGGAAAACCACCGAUGUCCGAACGUUUUCUAAGGAAAUGAAAGCGUCUCAUGACGUGUGGAAGGACAAGACCAGGCCGUUCAACUACACCGUCAAGCUCUGGACCGAUGACGACGUCCUCCGACUCAUCAAGACCAAGUACGCCUGGCUACUCUCCACAUACGAAGAGUACUCUCACAACAUCCAACGCGCCGACAUCGCUAGGCUAGUCGUCCUCCAUGCAGAGGGUGGUCUAUACGCAGACCUAGACGUUUUCCCGCGCGACGUCACAAAGAUCCAAUGCCUCCAACGCCUCGGGCUGCCAACCAUCUUCGCCCCUACGUCAGCGGCCUCGGGUCUUAGCAACCACUUCAUUUUAGCCGAGCGCGGGUCCUCGUUCCUUGAGUGGGCGCUCUACAAGGCUAAGCGGCGAGGUGCGGCAUCGCGACAUAUUCUCCUACCGUAUCUACAAGUGUUUUGGUCCACGGGUCCGACGAUGGUGACGGCCGCGUUUCAAGAGUACGCAUGGCUACAUAGCGGACAGCAGCACAACCUGGGGCUUAUAGAUGAUGGAUACGUCCGCGCGAUGGUAGGACAUGCGGCUGGGAGAUCAUGGCAUGGACCGGAUGGGCGGGCUUUGAACUACGUGGCGGAUCAUGGGCACUGGUUGAUGGUUGUCUCUUUUCUUCUUAUGACGGUAUUCGUCCUUGUCUGUGUUGUUAAGAGAGGAUGCUGGGGUGAAGCCAGAGGGUUUUUGCAGAGGACAGUUUACGGGGGUGCUAGAGGUGUGUAUUGGUCAUCAUCGUGA